UUUAAAAUGCUGAAUACAAAUUUAAAACACUUUAAUAUAAAAAAUAUAAAGACUCUACUACAUAUAACAAGAGUAUCGAAUCUUAAUAGAACAUAUUAUCAAAACAAAGAACAAAAUACGUGUCUAUGCGGUCAUGUUUACUAUAAACAGAUAGAUAGAAGACAUACUGUCCGAUUAUAUUCCGCACAAACGGACCAACAUAGACAAAAGGUGGUUAUAGAGACGUCAACACCUAAAAUAGUAAUAGACAAGAAAAGGAAUGACGUGUUGGCAGAGGAAAAGAAUAUUGAUGUCAGAUUAUCUACAUUAUUGAAGAAAGUGGAUCCUUAUAUUAGGUUAGCGAGAUGGGACAGACCAAUUGGUGUCUACCUCCUUUAUUGGCCAUGUUCAUGGUCAAUAGCACUGGCAUCAUUACCCGGCACAGUACCACUACAUACAACUUUACAAACCGCAGCUCUGUUUCUAAUAGGAGCGGGUCUAAUGAGAGGUGCCGGAUGUACCAUCAAUGAUAUGUGGGAUAAAGAUGUUGAUGCUCAAGUAGAACGUACCAAAGAUAGACCGUUAGUGUCAGGUGUGAUAACAGACAAACAGGCUGUAGGAUUCUUAGCUGUACAACUGAGUCUUGCACUGACAGUACUUUUACAACUUAACUGUUAUAGUAUAGUGCUCGGAGCUAGCAGUAUGUUAUUGGUGGUAACUUAUCCAUUAAUGAAGAGGAUAACGAACUACCCCCAAAUAUUCCUAGGUGCUACAUUUAAUUGGGGGGCAUUAUUAGGAUAUUCGGCUAUACAGGGUGGUCUAGACCCACUUAUAUGUUUACCGCUGUAUACAGGAGCACUCGCGUGGACUGUUGUAUAUGACACUAUAUAUGCACAUCAGGAUAAAGAAGAUGACGCUCGUAUAGGUAUGAAAUCAACAGCUCUAACGUUUGGAGAGCACACGAAGCCCGCGUUAAGCGGAGCCCUAGGGCUGAGUGUGACGUCACUGGCGGUGGCCGGGGGCGCCGCAGGUCUCGACCUACCGUAUUACAUAGCACUAGCAAUGUACACAUUACAUGCUGGGAGACAGAUUUACACUCUAAACCCAGAUAAUCCUAGCGACUGCGCCAACAAGUUUAAAUCUAAUUCAAUGGUAGGUUUAAUUAUAUUAUUAGGUAUAAUCGGAGGUGGUUAUAAACAAUAUAUAGAUAAUAGAAGGAAAAAUAAAGGCAAGGAAAAUGUUGAAAUAACAAAAAGUUGUAUUUUUAGCUAAUUAAGAAGUUAUUAAGACAAUUUUCGUCCCAGUGUAUUGUAAAUAGAUCAAAUUAUCUAAAAGUGGGUAAAAGUUAAACUAAAUUAUGACAGCACACUAGCGCCAUCCUGUCUACGUCAAAAAAAUGUCACAAGAUCCUUUUUACUGUAGCUGUCAUGUUUUUAUGCCAUUUUCCAUUACCUUAUACUUAUUUUGUGACAGAUCUAACCGCGACAGUAGCGCCUCUCACCAACUUAG